GCACGUCUAUCCGAUCAGCACAAUCGCUCACCUCGGAGCCAGCCAACUCGUCGACUCCACCCUGCAACAACAGCACCCGCCUGCGCCCAUAAGCACGCCAUAGUGUCCGGCGUAGUGCACUCGGCCUCCGCUUUGCGCAGGCCGCUCACCCUCCUCUUCACCAACGCCUGGCCUCAAGACGACAGCCUGCUGUCCCCCGCGACAGUGGGCCUUCCACUCUCCCUCCUACCCCUCUGACUCGUCACAUUCCCUCCUCGCACUCCGGCGUAGCCCCUCCGCCGCCGCCGCCGUCGCCGCUACCACCACACACAACACCCUUGCCAAAUUCUCUGUCGUCGCCGCCGGAGCCGCCCCCGCCCCCGCCGACCCCCGCCACUGCCAACAAUGAUGCGGCCAAACGGUUAUGAGUCUCCCAAGACACCAGCAGCCAUGUCGCCCCCAAACCGCUCCGUUCUGCUCGGUCGUUCACCCUCCCCACGGGCUCAUAUGGGGCAGUUGUCCACUCCUCCACGACUGCCCAGCAUCACCGCUCAGCAACCCUUCGACUUUGAUGAUCCUAGCCACUCUCACACAACCGUUUUUGGCUUCAGCCCGCCACGUUCUCAGCCGCCACUACUACCAUCAAGCUCUCCAAUCACCUCUCACUUCUUCCUCCCCAAGGCCGGGGCCGCUGUGCCCAUUCUCUCCCCCUCUCUAGGGGCAGGGGAACAUGGUCUACAAGGGCCACUACUUCCGGGGUUGGAGCCCUCCAGUCCGCGCUUCACUGACUCGCCCUAUGUCCUAGCAGGAGAGUUCCCUCCCCGAUCUCGUCGCAACUCGGCUGCGGUCGUUUCGAUCUCUCUCUCCUCGCGUUCCCGGUCAAGAACGCCCCAUGGGCGAAAAGCCACCCUUCCGGCAGAGCACUCGGGCUCUGGGACGCCCAGCAAGGCGGCUACGCCUCGCGUCAACCCAGGCGAGGACUGGGCCCCCGGGGCACCGGGGCUGGACAGCAUGGACGGGGGGGAUGAAGAUUGGCGCGCCCCCACGGGUGGCAUCAUGCUCGACGCAGACGAGUCCGCCGACCACUUCUCAUUGCCGGACGACGACGACGACGACGACCAUGGCCGCAGCUGGACCGCCGAGUCCGAGGUUGGCGUUACUGACGUCCUUCGCCCUGGCGCCAUUUUCGGUGAGGGCCUCGAGUUUGAAGGGGACAUAAUCAAGCCUGCGACAGGUCGUCUAGACAUUGCCGGAAGCAACGACGCCGGAGUGCCCCUCCGUCGCGACGGUAGCAAGAUCGGCGUCCCACGCAAGCAGACCAGUACUUCGAAGCGUUCCUAUGAGGUCAUCCGCCGUCUCGGCUCCGGAUCGUACGCUGUCGUGUACCUCGUUCGCGAACAGGGUGGGCGCAAGCGCGAGUUUGCCUUGAAGUGCCUGUCCAAGCACGACCUCGAGGAAGAGCAGCUCGAAACCCAAUUGUUUGAGGCAACCAUUCACCUGUCGCUCCCGAUCCAUCCCAACAUUGUCACACUUCACGAGACGCUGCAGACAAAGAACUGGCUGUUCCUUAUGCUCGAGCUCUGCCCAGGGGAAGAUUUAUUCUACUGGUUGGAACGUUCGCGGGACGCCUCGCCACCGCCCGCCCACUCGCGGUUGAUGGGAGGGCAACAUCUCGACAACGGGAUGGACAUCAUGUCCUCCUCGCGACUAUCAUCCUCAACCAUUCCGUUCUCAUCCUCGCAGCUCUUCUCUGGCUUUGGGAACUCGUACAACUCGCCAAACGCAUUCUCACCUGCCGCUGGCUUUGGCUCCCAGUUCAGUGGAUCACCGGCAUCGCUCCUCUUCGCCCACCACAAUGGUAUGGCGCAGUCGAUUGGGUCCUCCCACGCUGCAACACCCCCGACGCCUUCCCUGCUCUCGUCGUUCUCGGCCAACACCCUUCUCACUUCGCGCCGUCUUCGUCUCAUCGCGUCCAUGUUCUCGCAAAUGUGUGAGGCGGUCGCCGUCUGCCACGAUGCGGGUGUCUCACACCGCGACAUCAAGCCCGAGAACUUUAUCUGCUGUGACUCGGUGGAGCUCGAAACGGUCGCGGAAGGUGACGAUAAACCGGACUUUGGGCCACAGGCCAAGCGCAAGGUCGUGGUCAAGCUGACCGACUUUGGCCUCGCGACUACGGACGAGGACUCUGGCGACGUCGAGUGCGGAUCCAAGCCUUAUAUGGCUUACGAGUGCCGCAACAAUCUCGGCCCAUCGUACCGUCCCGCUCCGGCUGACGUGUGGUCGCUUGGCAUUGUCCUUAUCAACAUGUUGUUCCACCGCAACCCGUGGAAGGACCCCAUCGAGGGCGAUCCCAACUUUGACGCGUACUAUGAUGACCCUGUGGGCUUCUUGCAGACAAAGUUCACGGGCAUCGGCAAGGAGGUCGCGACGUAUAUUGCCGAGCACGUUCUGUGCAUCGAAGUCGAGGACCGCGUGAGCGCGCGUGAGCUUGGACAGUGGAUCCGUAAUCUCCCGGAAAUGAUUGGUGGGCGCCGCGCAAUCCACCGACUCAAGAUGGACCGACUCGAGAGUCGCAGCAAGGCUGUCGCCACCGACAAGGGAUUGUUUGUCAAGUCGCCCAUCAUGGCCGAGCCAAAGCAGAAGAGCGCUCUGGCCUCUGCGUUGGCUUCUUCGGCCCUGGCGUCCUCGGCUCCGAUCUCUGUUCCCAGACCCCCCCCGACGGGCCCGUUGCCUCCUCCUCCAGUCAUGCCCUUCAAUCAGCCUAUACCCGCUGCUGUCCCACAGUCUAUCGCUGCUACAAUCCAGGAGGUGCCCAGUCUCUCGUCGUUACCUCCGCACCAGGAACUCGUGGAACAACCCGGACCAACACCAGAGUUGGAGCCUGACGAGAUACGUUCAGCCACCACAGUCGACGACAACCCGACGCCUACCGACAUGAGCACUGUCGUCUCCCCCGAGCCCACCGAGGGAGGGGAUGAAGAUGCCGAUCUAGGCGAUCUCGACAACAACGACGGCUCAGGGGCCAAUCAGAAGCGCCGAAAGCGCGGCGUCCGCAAGGGCAAGGCAGCUCAGGCAGCUCUUGCCGCGGCCAAGGAGGAUCCAGAGGACAAGACGCGGCGCGACGCCCUUCUGGCUGAGCUCGUUACUGCCUCUCAGGACUUGGCGCGUGAUCUGUCCAAGAAGAAGCCGUUUGACCCCACUCGCAUCGAAGACUUCCCGCCGCUCGGUAUGGACCCCAGGGAGGCUGCCGCUGGACGCAAGUCCAAGUGGAAGGACUUCCUCGCUGCAUCCAAAGGCAACCCGCAGCUCGAGGCUUUGGCCCGUCGGGUGGCCGAGCGGGAUGACGGUGGCUGGUCCGCUCCAGCCAAGUUGCAGCAGAGCAAGGACAAGGACGUGCUUUCUCGUCCCAGCAUCAAUCGCCAAACUGCCACGACGACGAGUUCAGUCGUCUCCGCGAACACCGCGACAUCAAGCGCCGCAAACACCGCGACAUCGAGCGCAACAAGCUCCAGCGGUGGCGGUCCUGAGGAUGACGACUGGCGCCGCCGUGCGCGCGAGCGUGAGCGUCGCGACAAAGACAAGGGUAUGGACUCGCGCCCCUCUACGUCAUCGUCCCGCCGGGGCACGACGGAGGACUCGAGCCGUCAUCGACAGGCUACUAUUGCCGCGGCGGCAUUAGCAAAUGGUCUCGACCCUAUGGGCUCGUUUGGUCGCCCUAGCCAUCUUCGCAAUCACUCGGUUAAUCGCGGCGGCUCGCCCCUUGCAGGACCACCUCGUCACCCUCGACUAGAGCGUGACAACGCGGACCGCAAUGAUGGUCGGUGGGCGCCGUCAACGAGCUCAAUCCCCAUGCCCCUUGGGGGUCGCAAAGACGACAAAGUGAAGCAUGUGACCCACGAGGUGCGCGAUCGCACCGACCGUCCGUGGCGCGAGACGCGUCCGCGUGGCGAGUUCAACCCGACCAAAUCCGCGCCAGCACCCAUGGCUGAGUCCAACUGGGCCACUUCCUCUUUCACCCCUCCAGCCUCAACCGCCGCCUUCGGAGGCUCGAACGCCUCCACUCCCACUCCGACCGCUGCCAAGCCCACCUUCCCGUCGCAGUCUUCGGCGACUUCACUGACCACAAUUAAUGGCAACGCCACCGCCAACGGCGCGGCCGUAUCCCCAGAGAUGCCUAACAAGCCCAAACUAAAGGGCCAGAUAAGCACUCUUUCCAACAUGCUCAGCCGGCUCAAGACCAAAGGUCGCGACUAGCUAGCUUCCUCGGCCCAAUUUGUCCUGUAUCUCCACUACCAUUUCACAAACAACUCCAAACCCAA